AUGCAGAAAAUGAUAGAACAAGAAUUAUUGCAACAAGCAACCGAUAAAUGGGCAGAGAUUAAAAAUAAGGAUCCAAAUGAGCUCAUAAAAUCAUUAGAUAUUAUAUCUGAAUUGCUUUUACAUCCUAAAUUAACUUUAAAAAUUGCUGAAUCACUCAGACCAAUUCUAAUUGAUUUAGUUUCACGCUGGUCAUUACAACUAAAUAUUGAUAAUUACAAUAACACUAAAAGCAACCAAUUAUUUUCAAAUAAAGAAUACUUUUUGAGAAUUGAAAAGGUUGCUCUUGCUUUUACUCAAUUAUUACCAAUAACUCCCCAACUGUUGAGGUUGAAUUAUUUACAUGAGGAGAAUUCUUCAUCAAUAAAAGAUCUACAAUUAUUAUUAGUGACAAUAUAUCGACUUUUAAAGUUUUCCGUUAGUAGUUUUGUUCACCUGUGGAAUUGGACUCCGCUUUUUCAACUAUUAUUGCAUUCUGAUAACACUAUUCGUUACCUGACUAUUUUAUGUUUAAGUAUUGUUUAUAAUAUGAGUGUUACUCAACAAGAGAUUGCAUUAGAAUAUUGGACAUGUUCUUCUAAAUCCCAUCACAUCAUCAAUUACUUGGAAUUGGAAAAUGGUGAAAUCAUAGAUGUUAGAAUGUUGAGAUUAUUUGAUGAGAUUUCUAAUGCUAAAAAGCAACAUUCUCUGCUACUCGAUUGUGAAAAUAAUAAUAAUAAUGUAUUUUCAAUAUCAUCAAGUUACUUGAAUAAUUCUGAUUUAUCUCCAGCUACCAUCAAUAUUUGUGACACAACAAAACUUAAUCUACAUUCAAUAUGUUUAGCACUUUCUAUGAAUUCGCCAAUUUUACUUGAAGGAGUAACCGGAUCUGGUAAAACUACUUUGGUCGAAGAGCUUGCAUAUUUAACUGGACAUGGUGAAGAUCUUAUAAAAAUACAUUUAGGCGAUCAAACUGAUUCAAAAGUCCUGCUAGGGACUUAUGUUUCUACUUCAACGCCUGCUUCAUUCCGCUGGCAACCUGGAGUUCUAACUACUGCUGUAUCUAAAGGUCGUUGGGUUUUAAUCGAAGAUAUUGAUUUUGCUCCAAAUGAUGUCAUUUCUGUUAUAUUACCUCUGCUUGAAACAAGGCAACUUUUUAUUCCCAAUAGAGGUGAAAAAAUAAAGGCUCAUCCAAAUUUUCAUUUAUUUGCUACUAAAAGUCAGAUUCCUGUUGGAAUGAAAAAAUCUUCAAAUUCUAUCAAUUCAAAUAUUGAAACUAACUUGUGGACAAGAAUUACCAUAAAUCCUUUAACUUCAAAUGAACUCAAAUACGUUAUAAAGAAUCAAUUUUUUAAAAAUCUUGACAAUCAAAAUAUUAUCGAAAUUCUUCAUUCUUUAAUAACCUAUUAUCAAAACUCAUCACCAGCAUCACCAAUAAUAUCACAAACGGAUACAUCUGAUCUUCAAGCGGAAUCACCGCCACCACCGCCACCAAAAUUGAUCUCAUUCACUUCAAAUUUUGCUCGAUAUAUUUCUAUCCGUGACCUGAUGAAAUGGUGUCGUAGGAGUGAGCUACUUUUGAGAUCAAAAACCAUUUUUUCAACCAACCAACCAAUCUCAUAUACGCAUUAUGACAUCAAUGACAUUAGAAAUGAUUUAUUCAGUGAGGCUGCUGAUUGUUUUUGCGCCAUGAUUUCUGAUUUUGAUGCUUGGAUAAAUUCUUUACUGAAACUUGGCGAUGUGUUGGGUAUUACUGCAGAAAGAGUACAUUAUUAUGUGAACUCUUAUGUUCCCAAUCUUUAUAUUACCAAUGACCAUAUCAUAAUAGGGAGAGCCAAAUUAAUUUCUCUGGAUAGCAAAAAGGAAAAAUAUUUAAAAUAUGCUAUCAACCAUAAAAAUAUUUUUGCUAAUACUGGACAUUCUUUAAGAUUAAUGGAACAAAUAGCUGUUUGUGUAAAUUUAAAAGAACCAGUAUUGCUGGUUGGUGAAACUGGCACCGGAAAAACUACUGUUAUUCAGCAUUUGGCUGAUAUGCUUAAUCAAAAUCUUGUUGUAGUUAACUUAUCUCAACAGACAGACAGUAGUGAUUUGCUUGGUGGCUUCAAACCUGUCGAUGUGAAAAUUCUUGCCAUACCAUUAAAAGAUGAAUUUGACAAGUUGUUUGAGAAAACCUUUUCGAUUAAAAGGAAUCCGCAUUUUUUAGAAGCUGUACGUAAAGUAUUUACAUCAAAGAAAUACACAAAUUUUGUUGAAGGCUCUUUGGUCAAAGCUGUGAAAAAUGGCGAUUGGAUUCUUUUGGAUGAGGUUAAUUUGGCUUCUACCGAAACAUUAGAAUGUUUAAGUGGUCUGCUUCAAGAUUCAAACAGUUCUAUACUAUUAACCGAAAAAGGUGAUUCCGAACCUAUAAAAAGACAUCCUAAUUUUCGAGUCUUCGCUUGUAUGAAUCCUGCUACAGAUGUUGGUAAACGUGAUCUACCACCAGGCCUCAGGAAUAGAUUCACCGAGUUUUACGUUCACCCAAUAGACAACAGAUUUGAUGACUUGAUGAUUAUUGUAAAACAAUAUUUAUCCGAUUAUAUAACCAGUAAGGAUGAACGAAUUUUUAAUGAUAUAGUUGAAUUUUAUAUUGCCGUCAAAGAUUUGGAAAAUCAACAUAAAAUUGUCGACGGUGCUAACCAGCGUCCACAUUUCAGCAUGAGAACUUUGACAAGAGCUCUAAGGUAUGUCACACAGAUUAUUCAAACUUAUGGUUUAAGACGGUCGAUAUAUGAAGGCUUUUGUAUGACCUUUUUGACACAACUGAAUGGUGAAAGUGUAGUAGUUUUGGAAGGCUUAAUUGAAAAAUAUUUAUUGAAAGAUGUUCAAAAUCCAAAGUCACUAAUAAAACAAAUACCCAAACAACCAUCGUCAGAUAAUAAUUAUGUUCUAUUUGGAUGUUUUUGGCUUUCGCUCGGAAAUUACCCACCAGAAGAAAUGCCUCAUUACAUAUUGACACCUUCCAUCAAAAGAAGCCUAAAUAAUCUCGCAAGAGUAUUAAUGAGCAAAAAAUUUCCUGUUUUGCUUCAAGGACCAACCUCUGCCGGUAAAACCAGCAUGAUACAAUAUUUGGCUAAAUGCACUGGGCAUCGAUUUGUUAGGAUAAAUAAUCAUGAACAUACAGAUCUUCAGGAAUAUUUGGGAACUUAUGUUUCAAAUUCGGAAGGGAAACUUGAAUUUCAGGAAGGUAUUCUCGUCGAAGCUUUAAAAAAUGGAUAUUGGAUUGUUCUGGACGAAUUAAAUUUGGCACCAACGGAUGUCAUGGAGGCACUUAAUAGACUUUUAGAUGAUAACCGAGAACUUUUAAUACCUGAAACCAACGAAAUAGUCAAGCCACACAAAGAUUUUAUGUUGUUUGCUACCCAGAAUCCACCAGGACUUUACGGUGGCAGAAAAAUUUUGUCCCGGGCUUUUCGUAAUAGGUUUAUGGAACUUCAUUUCGAUGAUAUUCCAGAAGGUGAGUUGGAAACUAUUUUGUCGGAAAGAUGUAGCAUUGCUCCAUCUUAUUGCAAAAAAUUAGUUAUGGUAUACAAACAACUGAUUGAGAGACGACAAGGAACAAGGAUAUUUGAACAAAAACACGGUUAUAUUACUUUGAGAGAUUUAUUUCGUUGGGCUGAAAGAUGUGCAAUUGGAUAUCAAGAACUAGCCGAGCAAGGCUAUAUGCUUCUUGCCGAGAGAAUAAGAAUACCUGAAGAAAAGGCAAUUGUUAAGCAAGUUUUGGAAACAGUAAUGAAAGUCAAGAUUGACGAGAAUCAAAUGUACAAUUGUUCUAAAUUGGACGAGUUUCAGAAAUUUAAUUUGAUUCAAAACACUAGUGACCGCAUCAAUAACAAUGAUAUGAUGGUAUGGACAAAAGCCAUGAAAAGAUUAUUUACUUUGGUUGCUAAUUGUUUAAAAUUUAACGAACCUGUUUUAUUAGUUGGCGAAACUGGAUGUGGUAAGACUACAAUAUGUCAAGUUUUGGCGGAAAUAUAUGGUUCCCAAAUUCAUAUUGUUAAUUGUCAUCAUAGCACUGAAACUGCUGAUUUGCUCGGUGGUCAACGACCCUUGAGAAAUAAGGGAAUUUUGAGUGCUGAGCUUAAAAAUGAUUUGUCGGAAUAUUUGUUAAAAUAUGCUUUAGAGAACAAUAUAGAUUUGAAAAAAAUGGAAUUGAAAAAUUUGAUUGAACUUUUUGAAAUUCAAUUGAAUACUUUAUUUGAAUGGCAUGAUGGACCCUUGAUUCAAGCAAUGAAAAAUGGGGAAUUCUUUUUGUUAGAUGAAAUUUCUUUGGCCGAUGAUUCUGUUAUUGAACGUCUUAAUAGUGUUCUUGAGCCAAGUAGGAUUUUAGUUUUACCAGAAAAAGGAGGAGAACAAAUUGAAGAGUUAGUAGCAAAACCUGGUUUUCAAUUUUUAGCCACUAUGAAUCCAGGCGGUGAUUAUGGUAAAAAAGAAUUAUCACCUGCUUUAAGAAAUCGGUUCACGGAAAUCUGGGUACCUUCAGUAAUCGAUAACGAAGAUUUAAUUCAAAUAAUCGAUUCAAAGUUGAAUCAUAACAAUAGCUUAAAAGGUUACGCGCAACGUAUAUUGAAUUUUGUUGAUUGGUUAAAACAUUCCUUGGGCUCCAAUUUAAUUACUACAAGUUUGAGAGAUAUUUUAACAUGGGUAUUGUUUAUGAAUAGCACCGUGGAAUCAAUUGGGGCAGAAAGAAGUUUCAUCCAUGGGGGAUUCCUUGUUUUCAUAGAUGGGCUUGGUUCAAAUUCCACUUCUGGAUCAUUUUCAUCUGGACUAAACUUAAAAGACUUUCGCGUAAAAUGCCUAAAAAAAUUAGUCGAACUGAUUGAUGAUCCUGAAUUUUCUAAUAUUUACUUUAAUAAUGAUUUUAUUGAUGCUAAAAAAUUAAGUUCUACUGAAAAUGUUUUUGGAAUUCAUCCAUUUUUUAUUCCUAAAGGUUCUCUUGACACUCGACCGAUUUCUUUUACUCUUCAAGCUUCUACAACCAUGAAUAAUACAUUAAGAAUUCUGAGAGCAAUGCAAGCUAAAAAACCUAUUUUAUUGGAGGGUAGUCCAGGUGUAGGCAAAACUAGUUUAGUUUCAGCAUUAGCGGCAGCAACGGGCCACAAAUUGAUCCGUAUUAAUUUGUCUGAUCAAACUGAUUUAAUGGAUCUGUUCGGCUCUGAUCUUCCGGUUGAAGGUGGAGAUAAUUGCGAAUUUGCUUGGCGUGAUGCGCCUUUUCUACAGGCAAUGAAAACUGGAGAUUGGAUAUUAUUGGAUGAGUUGAAUUUGGCUUCUCAAUCGGUGCUGGAAGGUCUUAAUUCCUGUUUAGAUCAUCGUGGCACAGUCUACAUACCUGAAUUGGAUAAAGAAUUUUCUUGCUCUCGCGAAUUUCGUGUGUUUGCGGCACAAAAUCCUUUUCAUCAAGGGGGUGGUCGAAAAGGUCUCCCAAAGUCUUUUACCAAUCGUUUCACUCAAGUUUACAUUGAACACCUGACAAAAGAUGAUAUGCUUUUUAUUUCUAAAUACCUUUUUCCAAGAAUCAACUGCAAAACUUUGGAAAAGAUUAUUGAUUUUAAUAAUAGGGUCUAUCAAGAUUCAAUGAUAGAAUGUGUAUUUGGUCGAAAUGGAAGCCCGUGGGAAUUUAAUCUUAGAGAUGUUUUUCGUUGGUUAGACUUGUUGAAUAAAGACCAAGGAUUUGGAUAUAACUCUGAACCAGAAGAUUACUUGGAUCUUUUAUACCUUCAAAAAAUGAGAACCAAGGAAGAUAGAGAUCAUAUUAUUUUGAUUUUUAAUGAAAUCUUCGAUAAAAAUAUCAAACAUCCAAGGCGUCCAUAUUACCAUAUUGAUUCAAAAUUUUUUCAAGUUGGUCAUUCAAUCUUGAAACGUCGAUGCUUUAUCUCAAAUACAAAAUUUCUAGAAAUUCCAUUGCAUAUUUUUCAAUCUCAAAUGAGACCUUUUCAAGCAUUGAUGAAAUGUGUUGAAAUGAAUUGGAUGGUGAUAUUGACUGGACCCGAGUCUUCUGGUAAAACUAGUCUGAUUAGAUUGUUAGCAGAUCUUACAGGUAACACACUUGAAGAAUUCACAAUGAAUAGUUCGGUGGACACUGCGGAAUUAUUAGGUGGAUUUGAACAAUUGGACUUAGCGAGACAUCGACUUUUAGCAAUGGAACAAUUAAAUUCCAUAUGUAAUGAAAUUAUCAAAUGUAUUUUGACAUUAUGUCAAACUAAUACCAGCAAUGUUGGGAAUGACAAGUUGAUUCAAAUAAUCCAGAAACUUAAUGACAUGAUAUUCACGCUUGAAAGUAAUUACAAAUUUAAUACUGGAAUAAGCCAAAAAAAUUCUAGUCCUGCUCUUUCCAAAAGACAUAUAGAUUACACAAUAGUUGAUCAAUUAAUCGAAUCUAUAAGAAAGGCAACCGCUGACCUUCAUUAUUUAUCUUCAACGUAUCCUAUUGAUUUUCAACACAUGCUGGAUUCAAUACAGACACAGAUCGACAAAAUUAAAACAUUGGAAAGCGAAACUGUGAAAGGUCAUUUUGAGUGGAUUGAUGGAAUACUUAUUAAUGCGCUUGAGAAAGGGCACUGGCUUUUAAUUGAUAAUGCCAAUGUUUGUAGUCCAUCAGUUUUGGAUAGAUUAAAUUCGUUGCUUGAACCAAAUGGCGUGAUAGUUUUGAAUGAACGUGGAUUGAUAGAUGGAGAGGUUAAAGUUUACAAACCACAUAAAGAUUUUAGAAUUUUUAUGACUGUAAAUCCUAGAAAUGGUGAGUUGUCUCAAGCAAUGAGAAAUCGUGGAGUUGAAAUAUCGCUUUUGGGAUCAGAAUUCAUUGAAAACAAACAAGAUCUAAUAAAAUUAUUUAACGGUUAUGGCCUUCGAUCUGACAAUCUUAUUUUAUUUAUCGAUAAAUAUUUACAAAGUAUGAAAGAAAAAUCAAGUGCUACUACUAGUUUGCUGAAAAAUAAUCUUGGUUCUUAUAUGGCAUUAACAAAUUUCAUAUUGGAAAGGCUUCAAAGAGGAGAAAAUUUUUCAUCAGCUUUAAAAAAUACUUUUGAUCAAUUUGGCGUCAUUAUUGACGAAAAAGACUUUAAUGAGAUUCUAUCAAUUUCACAUUACAUUAACAACGAAAAAUCAAUAUUGUCUGAAACUGGUUAUUUAUCAAGUUAUCCAUUAUUUGUCGGUGGUGGUUUAUUAAAAGAAGAACCAUCUUUGGCCAUGAUUUGUAUCCAAGGAUCUUAUCUAUUGCAUCAACUAUGUAAACAAGAACUUUUAACUGCUGAUGUUGUUGGAUUAUCACAAAAGUUACUAGUAGCCUGUGACUAUUUUGUUGAACAUUUUUCCAUGGAAGAUGUUUCAUUAAGAUUAUGUUGGCUUGAUUUUAUUUUAUCCAUGUUCAAGUCCACGGAUCUUUUUGAGUUAAUUUCUACUCACAUAGAAUAUGUGAAAUUUAUGAUCCAUAGCCUUGUAAAUCAUUCUCGUACUCCUAUAUUGAUUGAUUUUAAAAACCAAUUAUCAAAUCUUAUAAAGGUUGAUCAAACUAAUCUUACAACAACAACACAUCACAAUUAUGCAAAUUCUGAAAUGAUUUUAAAUGUCUGGGAAGAAUAUUCAUCAAAUAUCAAAUCAUUGUCCUUAUCUAAACGUGUUAAUCAGGAAGAAUUUCUCGAAAAUAUCGUAUAUAAAAAUGCAUCAAAAAUUAAAGUUUCAAAUAUGUCAUUAGCUCAACAAUCAUAUUGUUAUAACCAAGGCAAUAUCGGAGAAACGCAAAUUUGUCAUAAGAUUAUUUCAUUCAUAUAUCCUAUUUUACAACAGCUUAAAAAUGUUGUAAAAUCCAGGAUUGAAAAUGGCAAUUGUGGUGAAUUGGAAAUUUCAGCAAUUAAUGAUUUGUUGGAUAUGCGUGAUUUUCUAUGGGAGUAUUUAAGCGCACAGGUUCUUGAUCUAGGGAAAUUUCAUAUUUAUAUUAAAAUGAUAUACAAAGCUGUUGAAAAUUUUCAAGAUAAAGUUGAUAACGCACAACAUCUAAUAGAUAUUCUUGAUCGUAUUAUUAAAGAUGAAACUCUGAAAACAGGGAUGUUUAUGAGUACUAUUUGGCAUAGAUUUCAUCAUAUCACAUUUUCAAAAAUUGAAUUAUUUCAGUUGGAACAAGAAUUAAUCAAGAUUGGAAAAGAAUUUGAAAUCAGUGAGGAAAAUCAUGGUUCUGAAUCAAUUGAGUUGUUUAACACUAUAAAAAAACUUCCAGAGCAUAUAAGAAAUAAAAUUCUAGAUUCAAAUGUGAUGCAGAAAAUUGAUAGUCAACCUAUAGUAAAUUUAUCAUUUCAAGACCAAAAAACAAAUCAGAUGAAUAGUAUUAUUGAUUAUUCAUCAAUGAUUCAAGAAAUGCAAAUUCUACAAAUGCUUCAAUUUGCUACUUCUGAAAAAACUUAUUUGAAUAAUGAUAAAUUUUGUGAAAUUCUUAUAAAGAUAGGGGAAUUUUGUGACUAUUUUAUAAAAAAUGGAACAAGGCCUCCAUUAGAUUUUGCUUCUCAUCAACAGAUAAUAUGGAUUUAUGGAAAAGGUUCUAAUGUACCAAGUGAAAAAGCAAAGUCCAUAUUAAAUAACUUUGUUCAAGAUGUUUUGUAUGGAUGGCAUAAUAGAUUGUGGAGAUUAACUUAUGAUUUAUAUUUGAUGGAUUCAGGUUUCAAUGAUGAUCAUACUUUAGGGCCUGCAAGGUUAUACCAAAGUGUUUUUGUCAAUUAUUUUUUUGAAUUUACUUUUAAUAUUCAAUCAAUGGCAGUGUGCAAUUACAAUGAAAAUCUGAAUCUGAUCGAAAAGUUUAGAAAAAUCAUUUCAAAAAAAUUAUUUUUCAAAGUGAAACGAUGUGAUAUUGACAUUACGCUUCUAUUACUAUAUUUAAAACAAAUUUUUUCUACAGUUGACAAAAAACAUUCAUUAGAAGAAUUUAAUUAUAUUUUUGUAAAGUUUGAUAAAAUUAUCGAAUUAACAAAUCGUGCUUUUCUGUUGGAUCAAGAUGAUGUUAAAUUUGAUGCUAAUAUUAAUGCUGCGGAAGCAAUUGAAAUGCUUGUUAUAGUAAUUUCCGAUUUGGAAAAGAUUGAUGAUUUAUCUUUUUCCUCUACACUACAGAGAUGGUUUAUACCAGCUAUUCAAUCUAUAAUUCAAUACUUAAACAAAUACGAUAACGUGGAUUUAAUUGAAUUGAUUCGAAUGGAUAUUGGUAAAGCAUGGAUAUUUGUGGCACUUGGAUUUAUGGAACUAUACAUUCCAAACUAUGCAUUUGACCCGACCGCAGAACCCCAUAUAUUUUGUGAUUUUCUUCAUCAUAAACAAGCCAAAUUAGAUAUUGAAAUAUUGGCCAGAUCAGAAAUUGAAAAAUGGUAUAACGGUGAAAGUUCAAACAUGAUAAUUGAUAAUUGUAAAAAUGAGUUGGAAAGAAUCAAAUUGCUCUUGAAAGAUAAUUCUGCAAAUUUAACUUUACGACCCGAGACAUCACAAUUGAACGAUCUCUUCAAUCAAAUUCACUACCUUUGUAACAAUGUCAUUGACUCCUUUCACGUUUUGGAUCUUUUAAAAAAUCUGGAAGGCAAUUUAAAUGAAAUUUCUGUUCUACAACGUGAAAUUUUAUUCCAGGAUAAAUGCAUGCAAUUUAUUCAACGAAUGUCAACCAAUUAUCCACUUUAUCAAGACUUACUUCAACCAAUCUUUGUAGCGAUAUUUCAAUUGAAAUAUGGCUUCAGAUUGAUGGCUUCAGCAAACAAAGUCUUGAAAUCAACAAAUGAUAAUUUAAUCUACAAAGUAUUAAAAACUCUGAUCACUAUGACACAAUCUGGAUUUCAAAAUGAUGAUGUUUUGAUGCUUGCUUCUCCAGAAUCAUUAACAAAUGUCAAAAAUUUAAUGUUUUCUCAAAGCCUAUCAUCACGAGAUAAAUGGAAUAAUUACCUGGAAUAUUUAACUAUAAUUGUAAAAUGUAUUUAUAAACAUGCGGCAAAGCAUGGUUAUUUAGCAUUAAAGAUUUUUGAUACCCUGGAAGAGGUUCUUUGUGAAAUAUCCGAGAUAUACUUGGCUGCCGAGGAACAGAAAAUUAAAUUGGCUCAGGAAGGAGAGAAUCUUUACAAGACCAAAACCAAGAAUAAUUCUUUUGCCACAGACGAACAGUUAUCAGAAAUUGAAUUAAAACAAAUGUUUCCAGAUUACAUUCAUGAAUACUUUGAUGUUGACGAUGAUGUAAAUAACAAUGAUAAUAGUAACAAUGAAACACUUCCCAUGGAAGAUUUAAACAAUGAUAUCCUUAUUGAAGUUGGUACUAUUUAUCAAACCUUCUUCAACGAUUUCAGUCACACUUCUUAUUGCUUGAAAAUAAAAAAUCAAAGACAAUCAACAAAGAAAAUAUUUUGGGAGUCUUUUAUUAUGGCACGAAGUAUCGCAAAAGCAUGUGGUAAACUUUUUCCUGAGGAUUUAGAUGAUGAUAUUGAUAUUGUUCAGGUUUUUGGGACAUCGAUAUUAAAAGAAUGGUUAAUUCAUGGUACUGGAGUUGGAGAAUCUUUUGACAGCGAUUAUGAUGAUGACAAUGGUAAUAAUAGUGGUGGUGGUAUUAGUUUCAAGGAAAAAAACUAUGAUUUCUAUAAUGAUCAAAAUGUUAUAGAAGCCAAAAAAUUGGGUCCCAUUGUAUCUAAUUUACAACAGACCAUUAAGAAACUGCUUAAAAUGUGGCCUGAACAUGCUAUUCUCCAGCAGAUUGAUAAUCUUUGCAGUAGGAUAAAUGGAUUUUCUUUAGAUUCACCACUAGCAAAACUACUUACAGGCUUGGAAAUUUUGCUUCAAAAAUCAGAUGAAUGGGAAGUUUUUGCUAGUCGUGAAGUAUCAAUAAAAUCUCAUCAACAAGAAAUCACGCAGUUGAUAAUUCAUUGGCGACAACUUGAACUAACUUGUUGGUCAAAGUUAUUAACAGCUCAAGAAACUUAUUAUAAAAAAUCUGCUUAUAAAUGGUGGUUUCAUCUUUAUAACAGCAUAAUCCAUCCUAUUGAUGAGUUUGCUGAUAAAUAUGAUAGUCUAGAAGAAGAAUGUGAUGAAGGUGAAAGAGAAAUUAAUGACGAUGGUGAUUUUGGAAAACAUAUUACAGGAAUCGUUAGUGCAUUGGAUCAAUUCCUACAAUCUUCAAAUAUUGGUGACUUUGAAGCACGACUAGAGCUGCUUUAUUCUUUUUAUCAACAUCUUUCCCUGAAAGUUUAUUUUAUCAAAAAAAAUUCAGAUAAAAUAAUUACUCGCAGACUUUCUUAUUAUAAUACCACAGCUGAUACAAUCCUAAACGUCUUCAAGUAUUACUCUCAGUUCUUAUCACAUCGCAACGCAACAUUAAAGACAUUAUGUAAGCCUAUUGAAAAGGAACUUAAAGAAUUUGUUAAGAUUGCUAGCUGGAAAGAUGUAAAUAUUUAUGCACUUAAACAAAGUGCGGCUAAAACGCAUAGACAACUUAGCAAAUGCAUUAAAAAAUACAAAAUUAUACUUGAUAAAUCAAUUAAAGAUAUAAUUUUUGAUUAUCAAGCAAAAAAUUUUGAAUCUGAGGCAAGAGUUAGUGAAACGGUUGAAAAUGAUUCCAUUGAUUUGAGAUCGACCAUUCAGCCUUUAACGUCAUCAUCGCCAAAUAUCGACAAUUUAAUUACCAUAAUUUAUAGUCAAAUUCCAAACUUAUCGGAUCGGUUUAUUAAGUUAGACCAAACGUUAAAGAAACUUCAUUCUUAUUGUAACAAUGAAUUGCUUGUGAAUUCGGAAUCAAUUAAAAACCAAAAGAUUGAAGACUUUGCAAUCGAAAUUAUACAUAGGAUCAAGACACUUCAAGAAAAAACACCUGUAGUAAUGAAUGAAAAAAACAAAAAUUUAAUUAAAAAUCAAAAAAUGGUUAAAAAGAAGGCAUUUGUUGAUCUUUUGAAAGAAUUGAAAAGAAUUGGAUUGAGGCCUUUUAUUAAGAAGAAAACUAACGAGAAACUAAAAGAUUUAGUUGGAUAUAUGUUUCGACUGGGCACUUUAAGAUUGGGUCAAUCUUUGAAAAAUGUGGAAUCGAUAUCAUGUCAAAAUAAUACUAAUUUGAAUCUUCAACAGAACUCGGAAAUACUAAAAUCUAUGAUAAAAAUUAGCGACAAGGCUGAUGAUUAUUAUUACAGAAUUAUUGCAAAAAUGUCAUGUCUUUGUAAUCUAGCUACUAGCAGUCCCUCCAAAGAUUUGACUUUGCAAGAAGUACAUAAAGGACUUGGAUUUUCUCAGGAUCUAUUGAGUCUUAUUGUAAAGGAACGUAAAUAUUUACAUAAUUUAGACAAAAAUUACAUUGAAUUUUCUGGUGUUGUUCUACAAUUUAGUAGAAUCUAUUCCAAUUACAAUUUGCAUAUAACCCACCCUAAAAAAUCUUUAAAUCACCUGAACGAAAAGUUUAUUAAAAAUUUCAAAAUUAUUCUGGAUGAUAUAGUUUAUUUAUUAUCUCAUUCAUGUUUAAUCUUUGAUCUUCAAAAGGAAUUAUUAUCACUGGACUCAAAUAAUAAUAGUUUACAAGGAAAAAAUGUUGAAAUUUUUAUUGGAAAGAUGCAGAAUUGGCUUGAAAAAAUUUCGUUAAUUCGUGAUGAAUUCAUUGAUUUAUACAAUCAGAUAAUAAUGUAUUCAGAGUAUUCUAUUAGAAAAAUAGGUUUUAUUACCAAUGACCUCUCAAAUCUCAUUCAAAAUGAUAUUGAAUUGAUUAAACAGUUUUAUAAUUUUGUAAAAUCAAAAAACAUUCAGAUUCCUGAAUUUUCUCAUAUUUUAGAACCGCUAUAUUGUUAUUUAUUCACGAGAAUUAAUAAUCUCCACGUUUUCGAUUCUGAUCAAAGUAUUUGGAAAUGUGACAAUGAAGUAAAGACAACAGCUCUUUGUAGAUUGGUUAAUGAUAUCAGUAAUUUGUUGGAUAGAAUUUUAGUAGCGGUACAAGAAUUGCGCAAAGCUAAAGAACGUCAAAAGGAAUCAAUUAAAUCUACAACGGAAAAUGAUAACUCUAAAACUUAUCAAACAGAAUCGGAUAAUGACAAAUCAAAAUCAAUUGCGGAUGAUGAUGGAUACAUUCGCCAAGAACAUGAAUAUUACUUAACGUUUGUUAAAAAAUCACAAUUAUCAUCAAUUUUGCCUCAAUUCAACAAGAUUCAAAUGACAGUUUAUGAAUUAUUGAAAGAUAAACAAUUUGAUAAUAAUGAAUUUCAUGAAUUACUUUUGUUUUUAUUACAACGAUUACACCCCUUUAUACAUCAAUAUAAUUUGAUAAUUUUAUACUAUCUAUCUAAUUUCAUUUUCCAUCAUAAAUCUUUAAAUAAAUUAACGUAUGUGCUUUGUGAUUCAUUUACCACUAUAUUUCAAAAGGGUUAUUGCAUGCCAGAUACGGAAACAGAGAGUGACGGAGAAGAAUGUAGAAAUGAGAUGGGUGUUCAAGGUACUGGUAUCGGUGAAGGAGAUGGUGCCAAAAACGUGAGCGAUGAAAUUGAAGAUGAAGAACAAGUUUUAGGAACACAAAACGAAUCAAAUCAAGAAAACCAAGAAAAUCAGGAAGAAUAUGAUGAUAAGGGCAUGGAAAUGGAAAAUGACUUUGAAGGUUCAAUUGGUGAUCUUGAAGAAAAAAAUGACAAUAAUGAUGAUGAUCAAAGUGAAUUAUCUGAAGGAGAUUCGGAUUUGGAUGAACAUAUGGGAAACGUUGACGAAACGGAUCCUAAUGCAGUCGAUAAAAAAAUGUGGGAUGAUGAUUCUACUGAAAAUGUUGAAGAGAGCAAAGAAACUAGUGAUUCAAAAGAAGGUCUAAAUUCAAAAGACGAAUCUGACAUUGUUGCAAAUGAAAAUCAUGAUCAUUCGGUCGAAGAAGCUCAAAAACAAUUAGAAAAACAAAAAUUAACUGAUCAUGAUUUUGAUGAUGAACAAGAGGAAUUUGAUGAAGAUAAUAUGUCCAUUGAUGAGCCUGAAUUUGACACUCGACAAAAUCAAAAUCAAGAUAAUGAAUUAGAGAUUCAAAAUGAUUCCAAUGAUAAUCCUUCAGAAGAACAAAACUCAAGAUCCAAAAAUGAUGCCAAUGAUAAUUCAUCAGAAGCCAUUGACACAGAAGAGACAAACAUUCAAAAAAAUGAUCGCUCGGUUCCAGAUACAAGUAAUUCGAGUAAUAAAUUAUUAAACUAUGACGAAAAUAUAAAAAAUAAUCAUGAAAACAUCAAUGAUAAUAAACGUGAAAAUUUGGACCAAGAUUCAAAAUUCAAAGAUGUUAACCCACAUAGAUCUCUUGGCGAUGCACUAGAACAGUGGCAACGAAGACUUAAUGUUCUUGAAAAUCCUGAUGAAAUUCAGUCAGAUAACAAUGAUAAACAAAAACAAGCCGAACAAUCAUUUUUAGAAAAUCAUCAGGAAUUUGAGUUUCUCAAAAAUGAUGAAAAUUCUCAUGAUCUUCAAGCUAUGGGAAAUGCUUUAGAAGAACAAAUAAAAUCACUAGGUGCAUUUGAUGAUCAAUCUAAUCACGAAAUUAAUCAUGGUAUAGAAGAAGAUAUUGAAAUGGACCAUGAAAUUUCCUCUAAAGAAGAAGAGAUCAAUUUUCAUCAAGAACAGAUGUUUAAUAAUGACAAUAAUGAUUAUAACCAAGAACAUGGAAAAGAAAAGGAAAGAUCAAAUUUUUUGAAGCAAAAAAAUGAUGACACAAAGCAAGAAGAUAAACAAUAUAAUGAUCAACAAGAUGUUAUUAAUUAUAAUAAUGAGCCUUUGCUUCAAGAAGUUGAUGAUUUGCGUCAAAGUUUGGAAGAUAAAUUAAUAGAAUGGAGAAAAUCUGGGAAUGAUUUAAUUAAUGCCCAAGAACUUUGGUUUAAAUAUGAAAAUCUCACAUGUAAUCUCGCUAAUAGACUUUGUGAACAAUUGAGAUUAAUUUUAGAACCAACUCUGGCCACCAAAUUAAAAGGAGACUAUCGGACUGGUAAGAGAUUAAAUAUGAAAAAAAUUAUUCCUUAUAUUGCAAGUGAUUUCAAAAAAGAUAAAAUAUGGUUACGACGUACUAAACCCAGCAAACGACAGUAUCAAGUUAUGAUUGCAGUGGAUGAUUCAAAGUCAAUGAGUGAAACUCAUUCUAUUCAACUGGCAUACGAGGCCUUGGCACUUAUAUCAAAAGCGCUUUCUCAACUUGAGGUAGGAAAUAUAUCGAUUGUUAGUUUUGGUGAAAAGGUUCAACUGCUUCAUCCUUUUGAUCAACCAUUUAAUAGUGAAGCAGGUGCACAAGUUUUGCACCAAUUUACAUUUGAACAGAAUAAGACUUAUAUUAAAUCAUUAAUGGAAUCAACAAUAAAACUUUUAGAAAAUGCAAGAAAUAAUAAUUAUUAUGGAAAUGGUUCACAAAUUAAAGAAUUAUGGCAACUUCAGAUUAUAAUUUCAGAUGGAGUCUGUGAAGAUCAUGAGAGUAUUAAAGCUCUGGUUAGAAAAGCCGUGGAAUUACAAAUAAUGGUUGUUUUUAUUAUUAUUGAUAAUAAAUUGGAAAAUGAUUCGAUCAUGUCAAUGAAUCAAGUUAAAUAUAAAUUAGUUGAUGGAAACAUGACAAUACAAAUGGAACGAUAUUUAGACAAAUUUCCUUUUGAUUAUUAUGUAGUUUUGAAAAAUAUUAAUUCUUUACCAGAAACGUUAGCAGAUGCAUUAAGACAAUAUUUUACUAUAAUUAGUCAAAACAGAAAUUAA